UGUUAAACAACCUGACUUUAAACACAAACAAACCAACCAGAGUGGACUCGGUUCACCUGCUGAACACCGGCGGACACACGCACACAUACACGGAGCUCCGCCUGUAAACAUCAGUCCUCUCUUGAAUUUUUAAAGAGUCACGGUGUCAUGCCUGUCCCGGCAAUGGACGAGCCCGUCGUCGAUCACCAGAGACGCUUUCAGGCAGCAGUGGACGUCAUCCACAACCUCCCCAAAAGAGGCUCGUAUCGACCGUCGUAUGAGCUGAUGCUGCGUUUUUACAGCCUCUACAAACAGGCCGUGUGUGGACCAUGUACAGCGCCACGACCCGGGUUCUGGGAUCCAGUAGGUCGCUACAAAUGGGACGCGUGGAGCCGCCUGGGAGACAUGAGCUCCGAGGUUGCCAUGGCAGCAUACGUGGACGAGAUGAAGAGAGUAGCUCAGGAGGUCAUCGACACCACGCCCAUCAACGAGAAGACAGUGUCGCUCUUCCAUCAGUUCGAGCCUCUGUACCUGGUCAUUGAGGACAUGCCGCGACCUCCACAGUCACUGCUGACCCUCAGAGAAGGUCUGAAAGGCAGUGAAGGCACUGAGAUGAAGAAUGAGGAGGAGGAAGAGCCUAAAGAGGGUUCUCUUCUCCCAGAGAACCUGGACCUGGAUCAGGAUCAGGAUCAGGAGUUGAAGCUCGACGAGGUGAAGCUCGCCGCAGACUCCGCUGUGUCCGAGUGUCCGGUGGUGACCAGCGACUCAGAGAGUGAGAUCUUCUGCGACUCUGUGGAUUCAGUGGAGCAGCUCAGCAGCGUCAAGAUUCCACUCAUCAACGGUUUUCAGAAUGGCCACGCUUCGCUGGAGUCGCGUCACCGUCUGGAUGCUCGUCAGGUCGGAGCGGGUCAAGGUGGAGAAGGGGGCGGUGACGGCAAAGGUCAGGGUCCAGCCAACAGAAGACAAGACGGCGGCAGAGAAGACUCUCGCCACAGCUGGAGAGAACGCGGUGUUCCUCAGGGCGGGCCCAGGUGGGGGGGCCCAGGUGGCGGCGGCACCGGCGGUGGGGGAGGCGGCAGCGGCCGAGGUGGCGGUGACGGCUCAGAGGGCGGAGCGGAGAGGAUCCACGACGCCCAGCUACAGCAGCAGAUCAUGGUGGCUCUGCGGAGGCUCAGGGAAGACAUGAGGAGCGUGAUGGAGCGGCUGGAGGUGGUGGAGAGACUCGCUGCCUCACAUGCUCAGGGCUCAGAUUGGAGGAAGUGUCUGCAGUGUGCAGCAGCUUCUUCUUCACAACACCAGGAGGACGAGAGGUGGUGGCCUUUUGACGUGUCGGGUCAGACCGUCCUCCUCUUCCUCGUGUGGCCGUUUGUCGCUCAGGGCGUCGUCUACCUGAUGAGGAAAGCCCAGAAGAGAAACCGUGUGUCUUUAUGAUGCAAACCCCCCCAACACACUCACGGGUACGAGCACUAACUCAUACCAACACGAAUUCAUGGGAAGGCGUCCUUCCAGCGAACUCUGUGUGGACUGAAGGAGUUAUCUGACUGUGCUGUUGAGCUCAGGAGCAACAGAAAAACCUUCUCCCUCUCUCUCACUACAAGUGAAUCUUUAUUUAAAACUGAUUAAGUGGAUCUUGAGUCGAGCAGCAGGAAACACAUACUGAGGUCUGUUUCCAUAACUCAACAUUUGUGGAUUAUGCACAACAACAUGAAGGAGCUGCUCUCUGGAUUAACAGAGAGGACACUUUGUCUUCCAGCGUACAUCUAAACUACAUUUAAUCCCAGUGUAAUGUCAGCAUCUGCAAUUCAUCGUCUUUUUAUAUAGGAAAUAAUAAUUGAUUUCAAACUACCCAAUCAAUGUGAACAGUCAUGUAAAAAACCCUAAAGCAUGCGGUCAAAUUAAAAUCUGGAUUUAAGACCAGAAGCAUGAAGUGUCUCUAAUCUUUAGCAGCAAAUCUGGAUUUUAGCUCUUUUUUCGUCUCCUUGAGCAUCUACUGAUAAAAAAAAACAGUGGGUUUUUAAUCCCAAAAAUAUUAUUAAUAUUUGAUUUUUAUUUCAGGAUGACGUAUUAAAAGAUUGACUCAUUUAAAGUGGAAAAAAUAUUAAUAUAUAAUAUUUUUACAGCAGCUUUUGGGAAGCUGACAUUUUCUGUUCCUGACGAGGAACAGAUGUGUGACGUUUUUUUUUUAAAAUGUUUUUUUUUUCAAUAAAAAACCUUUUAAAGGGUUAAAUUCCCCAAAAUACUAUUAAUAUUUGACUCAUUUAAAGAGGAAAAAUUAAUAUUUAUUUUUAUUACAGGAACUCUUAAGAGUUAAUUCAUUUGUGUUGAGACAUUUACCAAGUAACCUUAAACAGACAUUUCAUAUACACAGUACUACUAACUGUAUAUAACAACAAAUAUUCUAGAAAAAGAUUAUCCCACAAUUUAUUAAUUAAUUCUGUCUGUUUUUCCAAAAAAUCAAGUUUGAAUUAAUUCUACUUUCUGUGCUAUGUUGUUUGUUACUUUACGAUUGGUGGUAUAAAGUGAAAUUUGGAAAUAUUCCACAUAGGAAACUUUCCAUUGGAAUUAUGGGCAUUUAUGGGAAUUGAAUGGAUUUUUUGGAUAAUUUAAAGAAACUGUGGCAUACACAAAUAAAAACAUUUUGUUAUAUCAUUGAUAUUUAACUGUAUUUGCAUCAAAUGUGAUGGUUUUAGCCAAAGAUUAUGUUGGAUUACGUUUAUUAUUUACCAACUAUAUUUAAGUUCUCAAUCUUCAAUUUUGAAAAUUUCCAGUUUAUUCCUGUUUAUUUACACUUUUGAAAAUUAUGCAACCCUUGAAACGUGGCAUAUUACUGAUUGAAAUGAGUUAACAAACCUUCGGACUGUUCCUUUAACUGCUGCAUGUAAACAUUAGUUUUUAGUAAGCUGUGGCGGCGUUCAUGUCAGCAGUGACUGAUCUGUUUUGCGGAGUGAAAAUCCGCAAAACAGAUCAAUUUACAGAUGAAAACAAACCAUAAAAGAAACGGGAAAAUAAUAAUGAUAACUGAACCUCCUCAGUCUCAUUAGCGCCUCCUCUGCACAUACUGUGAAACUACAGAAAAAUAAACACAAAAGCACUUGGACGCUCAUUUCCAAAACAA